AUGAUCGAAACUGCCAUUUAUGGUAAGACAGUGGAUGACCAAUCUCGAUGUGUCCACUGGCAUCUUCCAAAGGAUGUAAUUGCCAUCAGGUUUAAAUGUUGUGAUAAGUACUAUGCGUGCUUUGAAUGCCACCAAGAGUUAAGUUCUCACCCGCUAGAAAAAUAUGAUCUCCUUGACGAUGCAAAUAAACACUUGAUUAUUUGCGGAGUUUGCCGUCAUGAAAUGACGUUUGCAGAGUAUUACGACUACAAUUCAAACCUUAUUUGUCCCAAUUGCAGAUCCCCCUUUAAUCCAGGCUGUAAAUUGCACUACCAUUUGUAUUUCCAGAACCCUCCCCCCGCUAUGUGUUGA